AUUCAAAACCAUAUCCACUAAAAAGAUAUGGUCUCCCCAAUAUUUUCUCCUAAUCAUACUACACAUUUCUUGUUAGGCGCUUACUACUUUAAUCAUAAUUUUCGUUAGCCAAUAAGAACAAUUAAAGAAAAAAACUAUUGAAAUUAAAGAAAUUUACUCAAAGUAGUAAUUAACAGUUUUUGCCUUGUCACAGCAAAGUAGGCUUGUUUUGAUACUCUCGGCGCGUGGAUUUGGUCGUCGUCUCUUCUGGUCUCUCAAGCUUCUCCUUCAUCGUAGAAAAAGAUUUAAAAGGAGAGACUUUAUAAUCUUAAAAAAGUUUCUUCCUUUCUUCUUCAUCUUCUUCUUCCUUGAUACCAACGCGUAAUCCUAACCCUUAAUCUACUUCCUCUUUAAUUAAUCAGAGUUUUCUACUUAUUAUUCCACUUCCUCUCUUUCAAUCGCAAUCUGAGUUCUGGCUAAAGAUUUUGUCUUGAACGUGAGAUUCAUUGCUCCAAAUAGAGUGAGAAAACGACUUUUAAGAUUGAAGAAGAAAGAUGCGGAUUUUGUGCGAUGCUUGCGAGAACGCAGCCGCAAUCGUCUUUUGCGCCGCCGAUGAAGCUGCCCUUUGUCGCUCCUGCGAUGAAAAAGGAACGUUUUGUCUCCAGAGUUUGCAUUUAGUAUAACUUCUCUGGAGAAGAAAAUAAUCGAUUUUCUGCUCUUUGCGCUUAAUCCUUACUUCAGUUAGAUGACUCUUAAGGGUUCAUAUGUGCAACAAGCUAGCUAGUCGGCAUGUUCGUGUUGGUUUAGCCGAACCAAGCAAUGCCCCGUGCUGUGAUAUAUGUGAAAAUGCACCUGCCUUCUUUUACUGUGAGAUAGACGGUAGCUCUCUUUGUCUGCAAUGUGACAUGGUCGUACAUGUUGGUGGCAAGAGAACACAUGGUCGGUUUCUUUUGCUGAGACAGAGAAUCGAGUUUCCAGGUGACAAGCCUAAAGCAAACAAUAUGAGGGACAAUUUGCAGAACCAAAGAGUCUCUACAAAUGGAAAUGGUGAAGCUAAUGGCAAGGUUGAUGACGAAAUGAUUGAUCUAAAUGCUAAUCCACAAAGAGUACAUGAGCCAGCGUCAAAUAACAACGGGAUUGAUGUAAAUAACGAGAACAAUCACGAGCCUGCAGGCAUUGUACCAGUUGGACCCUUUAAACGAGAGUCUGAGAAGUGAUAAGGUGAGAGAGAGAGACUUUACUCUGAUUCAAAAAAUCAGUUUAAGAGGAAGAUUGUAAAAAGUUUCAAGAACUGGAGAUUUCAUGUCUUUUUUUCCUUCCUUUUGAUUCUAAGAUCGUUGCAGGGUUUGGUGUACGCAAGCUUUCUUGUUGAAGAGGGAAGGUUUAUGUUUGCUUGUGUAUUAUCUUAGUUUUAAGGAAUUGGCUUAAGUGCUCACAGGAAUGUAAGCUAAUCUCUGAAAUUCUGAAUAAUUUAGUUCUUUCCGGUUUCCUUUCUAUUUUUUCCUUAAUAAAAUCCUCUGGAAAAUUGGACGAA